ACGGAAGGCGGAACUUGAUGAAAGCCGCAUGCAAAAUGAAAGUAGAAAAAGUGUAAAACGUGUUUUACGUUUAUCAGAAGAUGUUCAAGAAGGCAGGGGCGGCGGAGAUAAUUCGAUCUCAUCAAAAGGAUGAUCUGCAUCUGUCCUAUCUGAGGAGUUCUAUUUCGGAUAUUUCACAAUCAAUUUUAGGACCCAGACGAUGGCUGAACUGGAAGAAAGAGCUUGAUGUUGGUGCUGAUCUGGGCUAUUUUUUACUGACCACAUUUUCAGGCUUUCAAACUAUAGGAGAGGAAUAUGUCAACAUUAUACAGGUGGAUCCUACAAAGAAGUCUGUACCGUCGACAUGGAGGCGAAGCUUCCUGAUUCUCCUCCAUGUCGGUACACCCUACAUGCUUCAGCGACUCCUGGACUGGUUUGAGCGAAGACUCCGAUCUCCUAGGUCACAUGAUAUACCUGAGGACAGUCGUAUAUUUCUGCUGAAGUGUGUUCCUGUUGUACGUGAGAGUGUGACUUUUCUGCACCGAUUACACCUGGCUGCUUUCUAUCUUCGCGGCCUGUUUUACCAUAUAGCUAAACGAGCUUCAGGCGUACAGUAUUUGAAAUAUGACUUAAGUAGACAGGCCCCUGAUGUAAAACUUCAGAACAGCUUCCGUAUCCUGGGCUGGUUGUCAAUAGCACAGCUGUGUGGAAGUCUUGGUAUUAGAAUAUACCAGUAUUACUCGGAACGGAAGAAAACAAUGAAGGAGUUUCCACAAUUCCAAGACGAAGAAAGGCUUGCAGAUGCUCUAAUGGACCCAAAGAGGAAGUGCUCUCUAUGUUUGGAGGAGAGAAAGUCAACCACAGCAACUCCUUGUGGCCAUCUGUUUUGUUGGCACUGUAUCCAUGAGUGGUGCCAAAAUAAACUCCAGUGUCCAUUAUGCAGAGAAAAGUUGUUGCCUCAAGCGUUGGUGUUUCUUCAGAACUUUGACCCACCAUGAAGUGAGGAACAGAAUAUUUGCUUGUUGUACCAGUGUAUAUGGACGCAUUUGGCAGCUUAAUGAUGGCUCAUCUGCCGGCCAUUUUUAAUUUUACCAAAAAUGGCGAACUUGGUUGAAAAAUCACUGAAAUAGUAAUACUAGUGUCUACAUAAUAC